AUGACAUGUCUUCGUCUUCACAGUCAGUUUGCUGGGCAUUUGCAAAAGGUGCCUCCUGUUCCCGUGGUAGUCGAUGUCGUUUCAGACACGUUCUACCACACGAAGACGCAAACGCCACAGACGAUAAUAGCAAGACGUCGAACACCCGAUGGACGUAAGGCAGACGUACAGAGUGAUCGGAUUCCAACGACUAAUGCCGAAGGCUCAGGGUCCAAGUGUGCGCAGAAAUCAACGAACCGUGAAGCAGUCGGCGAAAGUACGUGGUCUAAUGCACAGGAAAGAGUCAAUACGCAACCAUCUGUCAUCCCUUGUCGGUUCUAUCAGCAGGGCUAUUGUCGGUUUGGAAGUGAGUGCUGGUUCCUGCACGAGGUUCCCGAUAAGUUGGGUAAUAAGGCAGCUAUUACAGAUAAAGAUGAUGCACCUACGUGUUCGAUAUGCUAUGAAGUUCCUACGACUUUUGGGUUGUUAGUCUCAUGCGAUCACAUUUUCUGUAUAGACUGUGUUCGUAGCUGGCGGAAGUCGAGGAGACAGUCGUCCAUUUGUUCAGACCAGACAAAGACAUGUCCUUUAUGCCGAAAGAAGGUUCCAUACGUCGUUCCAUCUUCUCGCGUACCCAGAGAUGCCCAAGACAAAGUCAGUAUAAUAGAUUCAUACAAAUCUGCAGUUGCCAAGAUUCCGUGCAAGUAUUUUGCAGAGACAAAAUCCUGUCCAUUUGGUGAUUUAUGUCUAUACCAGCAUGCGAAUGCGGACGGCACUCGGUAUAUAAUGGGGCCUCCUAAGAGAGAGCGUCGCCGUAAUAAUCCGUUCGAGGGGUUCGAGGGGUUCGAGGGGGGCCCGAUGAUACUCGAUGAAGACUUUCCGGACUUUGGGGGAUUGAGCUUUUUCGAAAGCGACGUCGAAAGUAGCGCAUGGAAUGUGUUGAUCGAUGCUUUUGAAUCAUAUGAAUAUGAUUGGGAGGUGGAGGAUGAUAUUGAAGAUUAUCGUGACUCUGACGAAGAGGCAUUUGUAUAUCCGGGUGAAGAACCAGAAGACAUAUUGACCUUUUUACCCUCACAUAUGGAUUCAAAUGAAUAUGAUUGGGCACCGUGGUAG